AUGACCACAGUUCACCAUAAGGACCCCGGCCACACGCCAUACCAAGAUUUCGCCCUCCCUGGCAGCAUCCUCUACUCGGAAAAUCCACCUCCCUCUUCAUAUCCAGACUCCAUGGUUUACUAUUCCCGGCCUCAGCAUAUCUCUGUUCAGCUUCCUGCCCAUAGCGGCGGGAUGCCGCUGGAGGAGCCAACAGUGGGGAGAUCCGAGUUUGCUUCUCCCCGGACCGGAGAAAUUCCUUCUGAUACUUGGAAGAUUGGGAGAAAUGAGCUGUUCUUCAUGCAGACAGGGAGCGGUGGCCCAGCUCCCCUCCUUGGUUCCAUGGCCGAUAGGCGGAGUUCUUCAUUGGAACCAUCAAAUAUCUCCGGCAUAAGAGGCCAGGGAUUAUCUCUGAGUCUUGGUACAGAGAUCCCGAUGCCGUCGUUCCAUUACAGACCCAGCUCUGAGAUUUCCUUCGCAGGUUCUCAUCAAUCAUCUGCAGAAAAUGGUUUGCCGAGCAGGGAUGAUCGCUCCAGAGACAAGGGCAUCGCCGAAGCAUCUCCAUACGGCAUUCAGAAUCUCGUGGUCACCAUCUCCGGCUCCAGAUAUCUCAAGGCAGCUCAGCACCUGCUUGAUGAGGUCGUCAACGUCCAUGGUGCUCUGAAGAAUAAUAGAUCCAAGAGAGGCCAUCCGUCUCUUGGAACACCGGGCAGAAGGGAGAACGAUUGGAGGCCAAAGGGUGAAGAGCCGUCUGCCAACCCCGCUCCCGAGCUGUCGGCGACUGAGAGGCAAGAUCUGCAGAAUAAGAUGUCAAAGCUCAUGUCCAUGCUGGAUGAGGUGUGUUUUCUCCCUUGUUCCCAUAUAUCCGCUUACUGAUUUGAGUCCCUUGUCAUCUGUCUGAUCAUUCCAAGAAUAAUGUUCCCCCGCUGCUGGUGGGUAAAAUUCAAUCCCAUUCCUUGGAAAGCAUGCUCCCUAGUAAAAGUCAACGCUGACAUGACGGCCUUGUUCCAUCUAAUUACCUUCCUCAUGUGGAGUCAACUGUCUUGAGUGAGUAUUAGAUAAAAUUGCCGGUUGCUUCCUCUGCAGGUUGAUAGAAAGUACAGGCAUUAUCACCACCAGAUGCAGAUCGUCGUCUCAUCCUUUGACGCGCUGUUGGGCUCGGGGGCCGCCAAGCCCUACACCGGGCUGGCUCUCCAGACGAUCUCCAGUCAUUUCCGCUCCCUGAGAGAUGCGAUAAAUGGGCAGAUAUCGGCCACGAGAAAGAGCCUCGGCGAGCAAGACCCGCUGAGCAUCAAAGCCGGCGGGAUGGCCCGGCUGCGCUGCAUAGAUCAGCAAAUCAGGGACCAGAGGGCCUUCCAACAGUUUGGUUCUUUGCAGCAGCCGCCGCAGCAGGCGUGGAGGCCGCAGAGGGGCUUACCAGAGACCGCUGUUUCCAUUCUCCGCGCCUGGCUGUUCGAGCACUUUCUUCAUCCGUAAACACCAGACUCACCCUCCACCUCACUGAUUGUAGUAAUUAGUACCAAGUUAACUGACCCUUGUCAAAAAAAUUCUCCUCUUGGCAGGUACCCCAAGGAUUCUGAUAAGUUGAUGCUGGCGAGGCAGACCAGGUUGACGAGAAGCCAGGUAGUCCCUUCUCUGAUGUGUUAUAAAGAUUCUGCCUGUCUGCAUGAUUUGGUCAAAAUUGGGCUUCUCGGAUAAUCUGAGCAUGUCUCUCCUUCUCGCUCCAUGCUAGGUUUCCAACUGGUUCAUCAACGCCCGGGUGCGGCUGUGGAAGCCCAUGAUCGAGGAGAUGUACGAGGAGGAGCUGAAGGACGCCGAGAUGAACUCAAAUUCUCAGGACGGCGAUGGAGGCAGAGAUAAUGCGGCAAGAUCCUCAGAGCUUGUGGAUGAUAAUGCGGCAAGAGACGGGGUAGUUGCCGGGUCGAGCAGUGUAGGAAGGCCGCAACCUUUCACCGAUGACUGUGAUCUCCUCCAAGAAGAAGCUCUGACUCAGACAGAUGUGAACAGCAGAUAUAUGGUGUAUGAGAUGGAGGGGCUGGGAGGUGGCGCGGCCGGCGGCAGUGUGUCCCUUACAUUGGGCCUGCGGCACACCGAUGGCGGCCCGCAUGCUCCAGCUGCUGACCAGCGGUUUGCUCCGAUCCAGGGCGAUGCAGCGGACUACGAUUGCUUGAAUAUAGUGGAUCGGCGGCACAGGUUCGGUUCUUUCCCUCUGCUGCAUGAUUUUGUGGCCUGA